GUAAACAUUGCCAUGGUGAACACCUCUUACAGCUCAAGCUCUUAUCGAUUGGACCUCGCCGCCCGCAACUGUCCCACCCAAGCUCCAACCUCACUCUGUCAAAAGAGGUGGCAGCCCUCGAAUAAUACGUCUUAUCCCGACCAGUCUUGGACAUAGACACUUUAAAUUAUGAGCCAUCAACGGUAUCUUUCCCACGACCCGAUAAAGGAGCCGCAUUCGGUCUCCGUCAAAGUCCUACGCCUAUCCCGACCGUCGCUUGUAACCCAAUACCCAAUCAAUCCUCCGUUUUCUGCAUCGACAGCGCCUCCUACAGCCCUACCUGCAUCGCUCUCAUAUACGUCGCCAUCGGACAGCAACCCCUCAUCCUUUGUCCUGAGCCCCAUCCUCAACCUCCCCGCGUCAUUCGGCUCGGCCUACGUCGGCGAAACAUUUAGCUGCACGCUAUGUGUCAACAAUGACCUUUUACCCGACAGCCCGAAACAUAUCCGCGAUGUACGCAUCGAGGCUGAAAUGAAGACUCCCGGCCUGGGCAACGCGCAGCCGCUGGAGUUGACGCCAGGCGGCUCUCCGGACUCGGUAGACCUAAAUGCCAGUGAAACACUACAGAAGAUUGUCUCGUUUGAUUUGAAAGAGGAAGGGAACCAUGUGCUCGCUGUCACGGUGAGCUACUACGAGGCGUCGGACAUAAGUGGAAGGACACGCACGUUUCGCAAGCUGUACCAGUUUAUAUGCAAGGCUUCGCUGAUUGUGCGCACCAAAGUCGGCCCGUUAGCUACGGAAGAUGCCGGACCGAAGCGGUAUAUCUUGGAAGCGCAGCUGGAGAACUGCAGCGAAGAGCCUAUACAGUUGGAAAAGGUGGUCAUGGAGCUAGAGAACGGGUUUAGCUAUCAGGAUUGCAAUUGGGAGUCGACGCGGAGCGACAAGCCAGUGCUUCAGCCUACAGAGGUUGAGCAGGUGUGUUUUAUUGUGGAGGAUCGCGGCACCAGAGAGGCAGACCCUGCAGACGAUAGACUUAUUUUUGGCGUCAUGGGGAUCGGCUGGAGGGGCGAGAUGGGUAAUCGUGGGUUCCUGUCUACAGGAAAGCUAGGCACAAGAAUCACGCGGUAACGUCACGCCACAGACGAAAUAUAAUGAUGCCAUGAUUUAACACACACACAUGCACAACUACUUUUUGGGUUGACAACACUAGAGACUUGACAAUGCUAGAGGCUAGGCGUGUCUUGUUGAGACUUGGCACUUGCUGGAGUUGCCGUCGUUUACUAACGUCCUUGGCUCAGUAAUCAAUCGAAACCAACCCGAUAACGUCUGGGUUCCCCUCAUUAAGACCACCGACCACAUGGGAAAGUUUUUCAGCCGACGACGCGAAGGAACCGGACAACGUCAUUAGCCUGACUCCACCCGGCACUGGACCGAAGAAGAACGGUUCGAACUGGUAUCUUUGUAGAAUUCAGGAUUCAAGACUGAGGGAUUUUUCUCUUUCUCUCUGGUUAGUACACAUUGCUGCAAAAGGAGUUGAUCAUAAGUGCUAAACGAAGAAAAGAGACACGCUGCAUACAGUAUGCGCUGUAGCGGGGGUGGUUCACUGUACAGCGCAAGCACAUCUGUAAGUGGUUUGAACAUGGCCCAAGCUCGACGGCUUGGUUCUAUGGCGUCUCCGCCGGUGAGCCGCCCUUGCAUGGUAGCGAGACCGACCUUUUUGGGAGUCAAAAGCUCGUAUUCGAUGGGCAUGCAUUUUACCUGCUCAAACAAUGGCUUUUUUCUGCGGGCGUCCGGAGUGCGACACCUGGCUACUUCGGGCAUUAGGUCAGUCACGCCAGUUGCCCAACGGCAGCAUCAUGAGGUCGUAGCCCAGGCACCAAAGUCGUCAGGUUGGCUCGCCUGUGGUGGAAGGGUCCUUGCACAGCCGGACGUGAAACAGAGCCGUUCACUCGCGUGCCUUGUACCUGCAUCUUGACUUGCUUUUUUGCAGAAGCGAACGACGCUCCACCAUGGGGGUCUUCUUUCUUUUUUUAGUGUCUGUCGUUGCAUUAGCCAGUGGCCUGGAAACUAUGUUAAACUAGCUUCCUGUAGGUAGUAGUCUCAGUCAGCAAUAGCUGGGGCCGCCGCACACCUACGUACAAAAGCAUCGACAUGGCUGUGCCCCUGACUCUGCACUGGCUGGGGUGGGCUUCCCAGAAAAUCGCCAGUUUGUACGGACCCUGUAAAAAGAUGUGCGGGCCAUUGGUGGGCGACCGGCGGUGGCUUGGGUCAAAGCCAAGUGGUGAUGUUUGGGUACGUGGUCAUGCCCGAGUGGACUUUUUUUUGCGGCUGCGAUAAGCCUGUUGCUUCUUUGGUGUCUAUCUCAAAGACAAGCAUCUACGCACUGUGCCUCACAUGCAUCUCUGAACCAACCUAUCGGUGUGUGCGUGUGUUUAUCCUCGCUAGCGUUUACCCGCGUCAGAGUCGUGUCGUGGUGGUGGUGUUGAUGGUGGGUGUGGUGGCCGGCCACCAGCAAAACGGAGACGCUAAAGCAGUGUUGAGACGCAAGCCAUGUGGAGCCUGGAAAGUUUUUUGUCGGCAGCGGGGGAAGGCCGUCGACCCGCUACGAACGCGCUGGAGCCCGGGGGCCUUCAGGGGGGAGACACAGGCACCCCCGACGGCGCCGUCUUAGCACGCAUCGGGCUGACAGGUGCAGAUCGGAGCUACUUCCAGGGCGUGCUGUCCACUGACGGACCACGCGAUACAGCGCUGGACUAAUCCGGCCCCUGUCGCUGUGCCUUGGGGGGCUUGCUUUUCCGUCUUUUCGUUUUGGGUGUGCUGCGAUGCUGCAGGUGGAACGAGAUGCAGGAAGAAGCAAAGAUGAACGUAAAAUAGACGAGCAGCAGUAGCAGAAGGGCGUCUUCUUUUUGCGUUGUAUAGUAAUGUAUUGUAUUGUCCAUUGGCGGCGCACAGUUCGCCGUUGGAAACAGUUGCAACGCAAGCCCGA